AUGACUACUUCUCCUGUCGCAUACUACUUCAGCAAUCCAAUCUAUGGAUGCUGGGAUAAUAAUGUUUUUAAAAAAAAUACUACCAUCGCUUUCAACUUCAAAGUUGAUGAAUUUUUAAACAUUUCUAAUAAAAAUAUUAUCUAUAAGGUUCCUGAUGAUAAAAUGAUAGAAGAACUUGUUAAUACAUUUAGUUCUGAAGGUACAAAUAAAUCAAGUAAGAUGAAUAAUUUUGAUGAAUUAGAUGAUAGUAUUGAACUACUAAUUAUUAGUGCUACUGCUGUAUUAGAGAAUUUAAAGAGUAUUAGAUUGUUUUUACUUCAACAAGAUGAAGUUAAUGAGCAACUAAAAUUAGUCGAUAGUUUUAAAAAAUUUAUUA